UUUCUUCCUGUACCGAUCGAAGUUUAUCUCCGGACCUUCAGGACCCCAUGCAGGACGAUACAAAGGAGACAGACAAUUCCACUUCCUCGGAUAAAGAGACCACCAACAACGAAAAUGAGGAGCAGAACUCUGGGACCAAAAGAAGAGGACCUCGGACCACUAUCAAGGCCAAACAGCUGGAGACCCUCAAGGCAGCUUUUGCAGCCACCCCUAAACCCACCCGGCACAUCCGGGAGCAGCUAGCUCAAGAGACGGGGCUCAACAUGAGAGUCAUCCAGGUUUGGUUCCAGAACCGGCGCUCCAAAGAGCGAAGGAUGAAGCAGCUGAGCGCGCUGGGCGCCCGAAGACACGCGUUCUUCCGGAGCCCUCGGCGCAUGCGCCCUCUGGGAGGCCGGCUGGAUGAAUCCGAGAUGCUGGGCACGGCUCCUUACAGUUACUACGGAGAUUACCAAGGCGAUUACUACGGCCCCGGGAGCAACUACGACUUUUUCUCGCACGGCCCCCCCUCGCAGGCACAGUCGCCGGCCGACUCCAGCUACAUCCCGACCUCGGGGGCCGGCUCCACCCCGCUCGGGCCCCUGGACGCCCCCUUGGCUGGACAUCACACCUCGGAGAACCAAAGGUACACGGAUAUGAUCUCCCACUCCGACACGCCCAGCCCGGAACCGGGGCUGCCCGGCUCGCUGCACCCCAUCCCGGGCGAGGUCUUCAGCGGGGGUCCCAGAGAGAAAAGCAACUCAUUUGAGGAUGGUGAGGACCGUUGCACCGAACUUUGCUGCGAGGCUGUUUAA